UUUUUUGUAGAGUUUUCGCACAACAUGCUACUACAAAGAAUAUGUAUUAUUUAAGAUUCAUAUCCAUUUUCUUCUGGCAUUUGGUUUAUUUUUGGUCAAAACGUAGGAAUAUUGCAUUAAAAGAUGACAUAACAAUCAAUUUGUCUACACGGGUGGUAAGGUGAGAAGAGCGCUCGUUGCCCCUUUGCUUUCCGUUUUGUUGAGUGAUAGUGAUUGUAGUACCUCACGCGUAGAUGUGAUGACGGCACAUAAGCAAGUUUAUAUCUUUUACAACACAAUUCUUUAAGAUAUUCACACUAACCUGUAUGGCGUCUCGGCAUGGUCGUUUCAAUGCUAGACGAUACAUAUUGCUAUAAUUUUUGGAAAACUUAAUAUCGUGUGUAUAAUUCCAAUUCCUUUACGAGCCGGUGCUGAACGUCCUCCCGCGAUCUAGACAAAAACGAAAACUUUUUUCUGCUUUACUCUAAACUGAGCCACUAUUUUGUACAGAGAGUGGAAAUGAUACGAUGACAAAUGAGGAAGGGAAAUUCGAAAUACAAUAAUAAAAAACUGACAUCUACAUGUGUCGGCAAUGCAGUGCAGCAAUGUCAUGCUAAAAUGUCAAUAUCAUAUGUGUUUUUUGGUUAUAUUCUACUCUGGUUAUGGAAUCAAUCUGAAAUAAUUUAUACACAUUAAUCGGACCACAUAAAUAAAACAAAAAAUGCUUCGGACAUUAUUUUAUGGAGCCGCCCGUACGGUCACUUAUUUAGCAAAUCAAAAUACCGCAAUCGCCCCAAUGAGGCGUGCAUUUUCUUAUCAAGUAUGUAACCGGUGGGCAACUUCAAAUUCCAAUCUUUUUUCUAAGCUUUCAUCAACAGUUCCAACCAAUGUGUUAAAUGCUUUUGUGCCAGGUUUUGGUUCUACUCAACAGCAAACGCGUUCCUUAACGAAAUUUUCGCUUAAUAAAGGGAAACGAAAAUCCGUAAAGGCAGUUCUUAAACGCUUUAAACGUCUCGAUUGGGGAAUCUGGGUACGCACGCACACGGGACGAAAUAAAAAAAUGUUUAAAAAAUCUCCCGAGCUGCGCAGAAGAUUACGUCAACACAUUUUCACAAAUUCAACACAGAGUUAUAUGCUGGACAAAAUGGUUACUAGUUUUUGGCGUCGUCCGAAAUACUACAUAGAUGACCCAUACGCGCCAUACCAUAAAAGGGAUGAAUUCUUUGCAACAAAAAGUAAACCAUUUAAGGUUUAAAAUAAUUGUGCUUAGGUAUCUGCAUUAUCUGUAAUCCAGUGCUUGUAUUGGAAUCAUUUGCUUAUUUUAUUACCUAUAAAAUAUGAUAUAAAGAUUUUAAACAAAGAUCUUAAUUUAACUGAAUGUAAACUUUUAUCUGAAAUGUGGAACACCGACACAAACAUUUUUUUCGCUUGCGACAAAAACUACAUAUAUAAAAAAUAUAUUCGUUACAAUUUA